ACAGUAGCUAACCAAGCUAAAGCUAGGCUAAGUAGUUGCUGUAGAGGGACAUGUAGCCAGUUAAACACUAAGUCUGUGUCAAUGAAGGAUUUUCCAGAGUGACUGGGACAUGGAGUUAAGAAAUAUCAAGGACCAGUGUCCGUUGGUCCAGGCUAUAUUCAGCCGAGACACAGAAGAAGUGACAUUUUUGUUGAGCCAUAAAGAAGAUGUCAAUUCAUUGGACCAAGAACAAAGCACACCACUUCAUGCUGCUGCUUAUUUGGGUGAUGUCCACAUUAUGGACCUGCUUAUUGCUUCAGAUGCAAAUGUCAACGCUAAGGACCAGGGUUUGGUGACUCCUUUACAUCGAGCAGCUGCCUCACGCAAUGAAAGGGCUGUGGAGCUGCUUUUAAAGCACAGAGCAGAGGUCAACACACGGGACAAAUUCUGGCACACGCCUCUACACAUGGCUGCUGCAAACUGGGCUACAGGCUGUGCAGGAGCUCUGAUACCACAUGUUUGCAGCCUGGAUGUUACUGACAGGUCAGGGAGGACACCACUGCAUCAUGCAGCGCACAGCGGCCACGGAGAGAUGGUCAACUUGCUCCUGAGCAAAGGUGCCAAUGUGAGUGCCAAAGAUAAGAAAGAAAGGCAGGCGAUCCACUGGGCUGCAUACCUUGGACAUGUGGAGGUUAUGAAGCUGCUGGUGUCUCACAGCGCUGAUGUGACGUCCAAGGACAAACGUGGUUACACUCCGCUCCAUGCUGCAGCUGCCGGUGGGCAGUUAGAUGUGGUCAAAUAUCUGCUGAGGCUCGGGGUGGAGGCGGAUGAACCCAACAUUUUUGGGAACACAGCGCUCCACAUGGCCUGUCACACGGGGCAGGACUCUGUGGCCACUGAGCUGGUGAAUAGCGGUGCCAACAUCAAUCAGCCCAACUACCACGGCAACACACCACUGCACCUGUCUGCUGCCUCCUCUAGCGGGGUGUUGUGUCUCGAGCUGCUCAUCAACAACGGGGCUGAAGUCAACAUGCAGAAUAAAGAAGGAAAGAGCCCUUUACAUAUUGCUUCUAUGCACGGACGCUUCACAGGCUCCCAGAUUCUGAUCCAAAAUGGUGGGGAGGUCGACUGUGUUGAUAACUAUGGAAACACUCCUCUUCAUGUCGCUGCCAGAUAUGGUCAGGAGUUGUUGAUCAGCACUCUACUGACAAAUGGUGCUGACAAGACCAAACAGGGGAUUCAUGGGAUGCUUCCACUUCAUUUGGCGGCACUCUACAGAUUUCCAGACUGUUGUCGAAAGCUACUGUCUAAUGGUCAGUUUUACAACAUCGUGCCGCCUCAGACUUCGUCCGUUGGGUUUGAUAUAAACAUCUUAGAUGACCACGGGAGGACCUGUCUGCACGCGGCUGCUGCUGGAGGAAAUGUCGACUCCCUCAACUUGCUCUUAAAUAGUGGUGCUGAAUUGAAUAUUAAGGAUAAUUUGGGAAGAUCUCCUUUGCACUAUGCUGCAGCCAACGGGAACAGCCAGUGCACAGUCUCCCUGGUGAGAGCCGGUGCUGAGGUCAAUGAGCUGGAUCUGAUGGGCUGCAGCCCUCUGCACUACACUGCUGCUUCACACACCUUCUGUGGUGGGAACACAAACUCUGAGCCCGACUACAGUGUGGAAAAAGAACAGGAGGCCUCUCUGUGUUUAGACUACUUGCUUGACAACGGGGCGAACCCCACUCUGAAGAACAGUAAGGGCUACAGUGCCGUCCACUACGCAGCAGCUUAUGGAAACAAACAGCACCUGGAACUGCUUCUGGAGAUUUCUUUCAACUGUCUAGAAGAGGUUGAAAGUAAUAUUCCUGUUAGUCCUUUGCACUUAGCUGCGUAUUAUGGUCACUGUGAGGCCCUGUGUUUGCUGUGUGAGACAUUAGUCAGUCUAGAUGUGCGGGACAUUAAAGGCCAAACUGCCCUCCACCUGGCUGCUCAGAGAGGUUUUGCUGCAUGUGUGGAGGUGCUGCUGAAACAUCAAGCCUCCUACUCACUGAAGGAGCACAAGCACAAGUGGACAGCUCUCCACGCUGCAGCUGCUGAGGGCCAAAUGGACUGUCUGCUUUUACUGGUCAACAGGGAACAAAGCGCCGACAUCAUUGACAGUCCAGAUACACAGGGACAGACGGCUCUCAUGCUGGCAGCUCUGGGACGUCACACUGACUGUGUCCACAUCCUGUUGGAGAAAGGAGCAAACGCUGAUGCUGCUGACAAAAAGGGCUUCACUGCAUUACACAGAGCUGCCGUGUUGGGCAGUGAGGACUGUGUAUCUGCUUUGUUGGAACAUGGAGCUUCUGCUCUGUGUAGAGACUCUCAGGGAAGGACGCCGCUGCACCUCGCAGCCUCCUGUGGCCACAUGGAGCUACUCCGCAGUUUGCUAAAGGCUGCAAUGAAAGCUGACCCUCUGGACUCCAUGUUGGACCACAGAGGCUACACGCCCACCCACUGGGCUGCCUACCAUGGGCGUGAAGGAUGUUUACGUAUUUUACUUGAAAACAAACUUUUUAGCUACCAGGAAGGAAAUCUGUUCACCCCAUUGCACUGUGCUCUUGUUAAUGGACAUGAAGUUGCUGCUGAACUUCUUGUGAAGACUGUUGGACCUCAAAUUGUUAAUGUUAGUGAUGCCAAAGGAAGGACCCCACUGCAUGCAGCUGCUUAUUCAGGAAACGUUGCUGGGCUUCAGCUGGUCCUGGGCCAGGGAGCAGAGGUCAGUGCUGUGGACCACUGUGGCUGCUCUGCUCUGAUGAUCGCUGCUGACUGUGGACAGACUGCGGCUGUUGAGUUCUUGCUGCACAAAGCGAAGCCAGACCUGACCCUGGUGGAUGUCAAUAAUAACACAGCCCUUCACUUAGCCUGCAGCAAGGGUCAUGAGAUGUGUGCUCUGCUGAUCCUCGGGGAAAUCAGCGACUCCUCCCUCAUAAAUGCAACAAACAGCGCUCUCCAAAUGCCUCUUCACAUUGCAGCGAGGAAAGGCUUGGCGACUGUAGUGCAGGUGUUAUUGAGCAGAGGAGCAGCAGUUAUGGCUGUAGAUGAGGAAGGCCACACACCAGCUCUGGCCUGUGCUCCGAACAAAAAUGUGGCAGACUGUCUGGCCCUGAUCCUCUCCACCAUGAAGCCUUUCCCUCCCAGAGAGGCUGGCAGUGGUUCAGCCUCCCACUUCAGCCCCAUCCUGAAGAACUGUGGCAUUGCCGCCUCCUGUGGGUCCAGUGGGAACCUGUGUCAUGCUUAAGUUAAAGACUACACUGGCACUAUUGGCUUGCAAGAGUGUGUGAUGGGGUGAAAUUUCAUCCCAGUGCAGCCCAAACUCUCCACGCUUAACCACACACACGUACAAGUCUCCAUGGACAUGCGUGGUCGUGCAUAGCUUCUUCUCUUGCAUGUCAUGACAUUUACACUUGUAUGUCACAUGCAGCUGCACAUACACUACGUGCUGAUGCACCAGUAGCAUCCACUGCUUCUUUAAAAUCCAGACUUACACAUUACUAGUAUUAGCAGACCUCUUAGAUUAUCUUUUCUGUUAUGUGAGUUGAGCUUAGCACACAAAUAUGUUUUUUUUUUUUGUUUGUUUUUUUAAUGAAGCACUAACCAUUAGAAGUGAAUGGAAGUUUUGAACAUGAGCACACUACACAAGCCUCUCCUGCUGAACCCCUGAUCCCACACACUAUCAGAAUUGGCUUAAUUACUUUGCUCAUUAACCACCAAAACCUGAAAUCUCCAUGUUCAUUCUCAGUUGAUACUCAUGCAAGAAUACUCAGAUGAUUGUGUGUUUGGUUUACGUAUGUGUGUGUCUGUGUCUGUGUGUCUGCAAGUGCUAUUUUGCAUAUUAGACAUUACUUCUUAAUAUACUUGUUUUUUAAAAUAUCUAACAGGUGCUGUAAACCUUUUAUGCAAUUAAUAAGACUAUUUUCUUAUUCUGCCCAGAGUGUAGCGGACACUACACAUAUAUAAAUAACCGUAUUAUUCUAAUAUUAUCAUGAUUUACAUUUCAGUUUAGUGAAAAUAACACAAGAAUAUGUAUAGUUUUAAUGAUAUAGUUUCAUGAGUCUAGUGUAUAUAUAUGUAGUUCUUAAAAUGAAGUUAACCUUUUACUUGUAUUAUCUUGAAAAUCCCAAAUUAUUGAGAAUGAACCUCAGGUCAGUGUGUACUAUAUGGUAGGUGCAAUAAAAAGCACAUCUUGAGCUGGAUGUCACAUAACAAGUCUAAAGUGUGACAGAAGUAUAUAAGUGUAUUUCAGUUAAAUAAAUAAGAAUAAAAAACAAAUGAAAUAUAAUCUUACAGGCUUUGAGCAGGAACGUCUUGUAUCAUUAGUAAAUCUGAUAUUUCACUACAUCUGCAUUCACUAAUUUAAUGUUUGUUUAAUGAGUUGUUUAUUUUUUAAUUAAUGGUUAAGUGUAAGUUGUAAGUUUCAAGAGCCCAAGUUGAUGUCUCGUCAGAUUGCUUGUUUUCUUUCUGAUCAGCCCUGUUAAGACCAAGGAAAGAAGCAAAUCUCACACAUUUAAGCAAUGGGAACUAAAAGUUGCUUGAGAUGAAAUUGAAGAAACUGCUCACACAUGAUGACACUAAAAGUCGCUGUGAAACGCUACAGACUGAAAUCACUGUUUUCGAACUGUGGUUUUCUGUUCACUUUCAGUUCCACUGCUCCAGUGUAAAUAUGUCUUGUAGUCAUACUUCCUUAAUCCAAAGUGAUAUUUUCACAAUUGAAAUAAGAAAAAUGGGCAUUUUUUUAUCCUUGUAUUUCACUUACAAAAUAUAUUAGUACAAAAGACCUGAACUGAUACAAAGAUGUCACUGCCUCUCCCUCUUUAAAGAUCAAGGUUUUAUAAAUGGAGUUGUGCACUGAAUGUUUGUUGUUUUUUUUUGUUUGUUUUUUUUAAUAGUUUAAAAGCUACAAACACACACAGCCUUUGAUAUUUUCCCAUUUUCUUGACUGAUUUUCUCUUUCCCUGGUAUUACCUGCUGUAUUCUCUUAAAAUGGCUUUAAAGUAUUUGCACUGGCACAAAAGUUUACAUUUUACAGUGGGGUAUCCUCCUUAGUUUUAUGCAAAUUUUCUCAAAUCAAAUUUGAAAGUGCAUUUUACAAAUUAAACUUUCACCUAACAGUAGAAUGCUAUCCUGUAAGUUUGUCGUUCCUCAUUUCAUUUGGAUUAAAUUACUGGGGAAAAAAAGUGUUUGUUUGUUUUUUGUUUUUUGUUUUUUUUUCUUUUACAACUUGAAAUUAAAUGUUUGUCUUUGGGAAUUUCUCUGUUACAGCUUUUAUUGUGAACAAAUUGUUUGUCCUCCUUAACAUCUUAGUGAGAUUUCAGGGUGCAACAACUUGAACACUGUGUGGUUUAGUUGUGGAUGGCCUUCAUAUAAGAGAAAAUAAAUAAAC